GAAGGGGUUCCGCCACACACCAGCCCCAGAGGUGGGCGGCUGGGCCCUGGACUGCCUGGUGCUGGCGAGCAGAGUCUGCAGCAACAUGUGGCAGAGGCAGAGCACGUGGCCUUGGGUGGGGAAGCGGGCUGGGUGCUUGGUGCUUGGAGACCAGAUCAUGUCUGCACCUGUCCCAGUCGCUUGGCAGAUUGGCAAGGCAGGCUGGCAGAGCCUGGGCGCGUGGGAGGCAGCCAGCAGCAGCACCAUGUGCUGACGACCUCACAGCCAGACUCCCCCCUGUUCAGGGCUGAGUGUUAGAACCACCCCCAGAACCUCAGUUAAGCAAAGGGGUUGGUUUCCAUGGAGACACAUCAUCCUUUCUCCAUGACAACCCGAAAUCCCAAAACCCAAGUUAAGCUCAAGAAUGAGUCAUCUGUGACCAGUAGGGGGCGCGCUCCCACAAGGCUGACCUCAAGGCCACGGACAGAUGAGCAAUUGACCACGGACCUCAAGGUGCCCCAGAGGCGAGGCCCAGGCCUGCGGGGACCUAGACAGGCCCUGCUUAACCCCUUCCUGCCCACCUGUGUGGUUGGAGGCGGCUGGCAAGGCUGCAGGAUGCACCAUGUGGAGGUGGUAGCCCCACAGUCGGGGCCCUUGGAGGGCCACUUUGCAGGCAGAGGAUUCCUGCCCCCGGAGGCUGAGCCCAGAACAGGGGAAGCAGGCACUGCCCGGGCUGAGUGGACACACAAGAGUUAACUGGCGGGUGUGGCAGGGCGAACCGCCCUCAGGAAGUGUUACUCACCACUGGGAAUGUGCGAGCUCCUGCCUUGGGGGCUGGAUUCUCUUCCUGAGUCCCGGGAGAAACCGACCGAAGGAGCUCCCCGCCAUGGAAACCACGGGGGAGCCAGGAACAGGCCUUCUGGGAACCCCCAACCAGACCAGCUUUGCGCCUGGGCACCUGGAGAGAGGAAAGCCGGCCCAGGCCCCGCUGUACGAUGUGCCUGAUGCCGGCGGGGCGCAGGCAGGAGGGCCCCAGCAGCCGGGGCGCACCGUGAGCCUGCGGGAGCGCCUGCUGCUCACCCGGCCCGUGUGGCUGCAACUGCGGGCCAACGCUGCGGCCGCACUGCACGUGCUGAGGACGGAGCCCCCGGGGACAUUCCUGGUGCGGAAAUCUAACACUCGCCAGUGCCAAGCCCUGUGCAUGCGGCUGCCUGAAGCCAGUGGCCCCUCCUUCGUUUCCAGCCACUGCAUCCAAGAAGGCCCUGGGGGCUUCUCUUUGGAGGGCUCAGAGCUGGUGUUCCCGGACCUGGUCCAGCUCAUCUGUGCCUACUGCCACACCCGGGACAUUCUGCUCCUCCCGCUCCAGCUCCCCAGAGCCAUCCGCCUGGCAGCCACCCACAAGGAACUGGAAGCCAUCUCCCAUCUGGGCGUUGAGUUCUGGAGCUCCUCCCUCAACACCAAGGCUCCACCGGGCCCAGCCGAGGGCCCACUGCUGCCCCAGCUGAAGCCACGGUCCCCACAAGAGCUGGACCAGGGCACCGGAGCCGCCUUGUGCUUCUUCAACCCCCUGUUCCCAGGGGACCUGGGCCCCACCAAGCGGGAGAAAUUCAAGAGGAGCUUCAAAGUGCGUGUGUCCACGGAGACCUCCAGCCCCCUGUCUCCACCGGCUGUGCCGCCUCCCCCAGUCCCGGUGCUGCCAGGAGCAGCCCCCCAUCAGACAGAAAGGUUGCCGCCUCGCCAGCUGCUGCGGAGGGAAAGCUCAGUGGGGUACCGUGUGCCAGGGGGCGCCGGCCCCAGCCUCCCGCCACUGCCCUCCCUCCAGGAGGUAGACUGCGGCUCCCCCAGCAGCUCAGAGGAGGAGGGGGCACUGGGGUCCCAGGGGAGCCCAGCGACCUCCCCCUGCCUAGGCCGCCGGCGGCCUCUGCUUCGAUCCAUGAGCGCUGCCUUCUGCUCCCUGCUGGCACCCGAGCGGCAGGUUGGCCGGGCAGCUGCCGCGCUGAUGCAGGACCGACACACAGCCGUGGGCCAGCUGGUGCAGGACCUGCUGACCCAGGUGCGGGCCAGCCCCGAGCCCCAGGAGCUGCAGGGUAUCCGAGAGGCGCUAAGCCGGGCCCGGGCCAUGCUGAGUGCAGAGCUGGGCCCUGAGAAGCUGCUGCCGCCAGAAAGACUGGAACGUGUCCUGGAGAAGUCGCUGCAUCGCUCCGUGCUCAAGCCUCUCCGGCCCAUCCUGGUGGCUCGGUUGCGGCGCCGGCUUUCCACCAGCGGUUCCCUGGGCCGCCUGGCUGAAGGCCUCCGCCUGGCCCGGACCCAAGGCCCCAGAGCCUUUGGGUCUCGCUUAAGCCUGCCCUCCCCGGUAGAGGUGGAGCAGGUGCGCCAGAAGCUGCUGCAGCUGCUUCGAGCCUACUCACCCAGCGCCCAGGUCAAGCGGCUCCUGCAGGCCUGCAAGCUGCUCUACACAGCCCUGAGGACCCAGGCGGGGGAGGGAGCUGGGGCUGAUGAGUUCCUCCCACUGCUAAGCCUUGUCCUGGCCCAGUGCGACCUUCCCGAGCUGCUGCUGGAGGCUGAGUACAUGUCAGAGCUGCUGGAGCCUGCCCUGCUCACUGGAGAGGGUGGCUACUACCUGACCAGCCUCUCAGCCAGCCUGGCCCUGCUGAGUGGCCUGGACCAGGCCCACACCCUCCCCCUGAGCCCCGCGCAGGAGCUGCAGCGCUCCCUAAGCCUCUGGGAGCAGCGCUGCCUGCCCGCUACCCACAGCUUCCAGCACCUCCUCCGAGUAGCCUAUCAGGACCCCAGCAGUGGCUGUACCUCCAAGACCCUGGCUGUGCCCCCAGGGGCCUCCAUUGCCACGCUCAACAAACUCUGUGCCACCAAGUUCCGAGUGACCCAGCCCGACACUUUCAGCCUCUUCCUGUACAAGGGGCAGGACUACCACCGCCUGCCCCCCGGAGCCCUGGCCCACCGGCUGCCCACAGCCGGCUACCUCGUCUACCGCCGGGCAGAGCGGCCUGAGACCCAGGGGGCCUCUCCUGGGGCUGCAGCAGAGGAGGGCAGUGGGGGGCCAGAGGCAGGGGGCAGAGAGGAAGAGAAAGGGCGAGACGGGGACACCGAGGUCAAAGCCAGCCCUAGGGACAGCGGGGGAGAGUCUGAGACAGUGGCCGAGGGGGCCGGGCGCCAGGCCAGGGAGGACCCCGCUCAGCCACGGGGACGAGAGGCUGAGGGAAGCCUGGUAGCAGAGGAGUAGCUGGGAGUGGACAGAAAGGCCGCUUGGGGCAGAAAACUCUGAGCCUGCUGGGAAGGCCUUUGAGAGCCGUCAGCCCUGCCGGCCAAGGCCGCAGCCCCCUCAGCCUUCCCCACCCCAGGCAGCUCCCGUGUCUGCCGCCACCUCUGACUCCCCAGCACCGUGAUCACACCAGCUGGGCAGGGCCUGCGCUGCCACAUCUGGGGCCCGGGGUAAAGCUGAGGGGGUUUUGGGGGCCCCAGACCAAGGGCCCAGGGCCCUUUGCCUCUCAUUCCCCCACAGCUGGAGGCCAGCCAGCCCUCAGCGGUGAGUGUGCCCAACCCUGGCAGCAGGGGAGGGACACAGCCUUGGCAGCCCCUCCAGGCUGGGGGCUUCAGGGCCCUUAGAGGCCCCCCCACUCCUGGGCCUCAGGGGGAUUCAGGGAAGCAGCAAGGACUCAGGGCCCAGUCCUGCCCAGGCUCCCUGGAGAAUAAGCACCUCCAAACCUCAGUGUCCUCACCUGGAAGAUGGGGGUGCUGCUGCUGCCUCCCUGCCCUCUCCCAGAAGUCUUCAAGGAGUCACAGUGGGUGGUUUUGGAGUUCCCGCUGUGGUGCAACAGGAUUGGCAGCGUCUUGGGGG